CACUACUGACACCUUGAUUCAGGGUCGCAAGCAACUUGCGCCAGAUACAAUGCCAACAUUUGAAGUUGCAGGGUUACUAGGCCAAGCCAACCGAUUUUAUGCAGAAGGUGAUCUUGAAGCUGCUUUGGCUGUCAUCAAGGAGAUCAUUCGUAUUGAGCACAAUACGUUUGAUGCUUGGAUGCUCCUUGCUGAAAUCAACCAAGCUCGUGGGAAUCUCCAGAAUCAACGAACAGCCUUGAGUGUUGCUGCAACGUUACGACCACGUAAUGCAAAGUUGUGGCUCGACUUGAUUGGCUUGAGUAAAGAUCAGGACGUUCCGUUUGAGGAGAUUGACGAGUACUAUGGUAAAGUUGCAAAAGCUGAACCCAAGGACCUCGAUAUCCUGCAGGAGCGUGCACAAUUUUGUGCAGAGAACGGCAGGUACAAAAAGGCAAUCGAUUAUUUGAAGCAGGCACUAUCGCGUAUCCCACAUGAGAUUGUCAUGGUUCAAGAACUCGCCAUGAUUUUGCGUCAUGAGGAGAGGUUUGAUGAGGCAGUGAGUGUUCUUGAAGCAGCGUCCAAAUACUACAUGCAGGAAGAUGAGCGCAUCCUUUUUGAUUUACCGCAACUCCACAUGCUCUCUGAGGCGUAUGUGUUUGCCUCAUCGGAAAAGCCAGCUUCUAUGCUGCAGGAAUGGAUCAGACACUUGAAACGCAUUGCACGUUGGAUUCAUGGUCGAGAAGAACAGACCUUUUGGGAUCAUCGUCAAGAUGACGCCGAAUUUGACGCAGACAGUGAUCGACGCGCGACUGAACCAUUGCAUGAUGUGACACUUGAAGAGAGAGAUAUCAAACUCUACUCACUACCACCAGAGAUUCACGUUCGACUGGGACAACUUCGAUUGGCGACUGGUAAAGAUGGACGUGAAGAGGCAAAGCGUCACUUCACAUUCCUUGAUUUCGAUCGCUUGGACCUGUACUGGGAUCUCGUCGUUGAAACGGCGCGCUCAUUGCUUGAACACGAAGAAUAUGAAGCAUCGAUUGAGUACUUUCAAGUCCUCGCGGAAAACGACUUUGCCGAUCUUCCAACCACAUUCGCCUAUGCUAAAGCGCUCAAAGCAAUCGGUGAAUAUGAUCAAGCGCAAGAGAUGCUUGAGUUUGUUAUUGAGCAAGAGCCAGAAGAUACAGAUGCCAUGGUACUGCUGGCUCGUGUGCAUGAACUCCGCGGUGAUCGACAAAAGGCACUUGACCUCAUCAACACCGUUAUUGAGGUACGUCGCGCUGAAGACGAGCAAUGGCAAGAACUACAAGCUGCUCGACAAUCGACAGAUGACGCAGAUACACGUCCACAGACCUUACAAGUUGAGCGUGAACAGCAUGGUAUGGAGAGUCGUUGGCAGAAACGUGUCCCGGUCUCUGCUCGUGCGGGCAUCAAGCGAAAACGCGUCGCUGGAGCAGGUGGCCGAACGAGUGCUGCCAAGUAUGAAGAUCUUGUUGCCUAUGAAACGCGUAAGCUUCAAGAAACAGCGCAGGGUAUCCAACAAUUGGAAGUGACGGAAACAGCCAUGCUAGCUGAUCAACCAGAUGCAGUGGAUCAGUGGAUGAAAGCAGCAUCGAAUCUCGUGGAUGAUUUCCGAACCGUUGGACAUUUCUUCCCGAGUAAGAAGAAGAUGCCUGAAACGGGACUGGCUGAGCAGAUUGUACGUGGUCGUGGUCGUCAGCGAGCUAUCCAAACGGCAGAAGAGAGACUACUGGGUAUGGCGAAUCGUCUGCAGGAAGGCCUUCAAGUUUCGCGUGGUGGCGUUUCAGGGGCUGAUAAAGCGACGCAUUUCAGACAAGUGUCUUUCGCGCGCUGGCUGGAAAUUUGGAUGCAAUAUGCGUUACUGUUGGUCAUCAAUGAUGCGGCAGGAGAGGCAUGGGCAUUGAUGGCGAUUGCUGAAAUGGCUCAGCCAUUUUCGAGUGAUCCGUUGCUUUCGCAACAAAUGCGCAAGUUUUUCUUGUUUCUUGCAUGCAAGCAGGGUGAUACUGAACGUGCCUCGCUGGAAGCACGUCGCUGGAUCUUGCAAGCAGGUCUACAACUUGACCCUAUCAGGAUGUCCAUGACGGCGUGUUAUGGUAUGGACGGGCAAGAUAUCUUUCGACAGUCAAGCAGUCAAAAGUUCUUUCUACGACUGAUCAAGACGAUGGAUAAGGCACUCGGUCGAGAGGUUGGCCAAGGAUUCAACAAGCAGCUUGAACAUCCGCCGAAGAAGGAUGUGGCUCAUUUGCUCACACUCUAUGGCGAGAAACUGAGUGCUGGUCGCCAGUAUAUUCUAGCCAUUCACUACUUGAUGCGCGCCGCUGGAGUCGCUGAGGAAGAUCCACGUAUCAUCCUCAAUCUCGGCAUUGCAUACUUGCAUCGAGCCAUGCAACGGCAAGUAGACAAUCGCAAUGUGAGCGUGGUCGAGGCAUUCUCAUUUUUGCACAAAUACUAUCGUAUACGCAAAGAGUCUGGCGACCUUGCAAGCUUACAAGAGGCAGAAUACAAUCUUGGGCGUGCCUAUCAUACAGUGGGCCUAUAUCACCUGGCCAUUCCGCGGUACAGGCGCGUUUUGGCGAUGAGUGAUGGUGGAUUUGAGGGGCAGGAGACGAAUGAUUUUGUGUGUGAUGCAGCGUACAAUUUGGUGCUGAUUAUGGUAAUGGCUGGACAUGCACCACAGGCCGCUGCUUUGACUGAGCAGUACUUGACGAUGUAGCCCUUUCUUCUAUCUAUCUACAUUGUUACUUGAGCCGCAGUACUUGGAGCAGUAGCAGUAGUGUUGUAGUUGGCUGUCUCCCUCUCCAACCACGUGAGAUUUCGCCUGUCUACG